AUGGCCCACAACCGCAGCACAGGAGCCAUAGCCCUGGGUGUCGCCCUGGGGCUGUGCUGGGGGGUGCUGGGGGCAGCAGCAGCAGAUGGGCACCACAGCCUGGCCGUGCUAGUCACAGCCGUCAUCAACGAAGACGGGACCCAUCACUUCACCAUGGUCACCCGGCUGGAUGACAUUCAGAUCCUGUACUACAGCAGUGACACGCGAGAGGUCAGAGCCACCCAGCCGUGGGCAGAACAGGCCGUGGGCGCUGAGUAUCUCCAGGAAAAGACCCAGGAGUUUUGGGUGCAUGAGGAGGACUCUGAAGUCAUUACCAGGAGGUGGAUGCAGCUGCACAACCAGACGGGCGGGGUUCACACUGAGCAGGUUCACGUGGGCUGUGCGCUGAGCGGCCAGACCCCCGUGGACCCUAGGUUCCAGUACGCCUACGACGGGGGGGACUUCAUGAGAUUUGAUGCCCAGACGGGGACGUGGGUCGCGGCCGUGCAGCCGGCUGUCCCCGUGAAGCAGCGCUGGGAGACGUUGGCCAAGACCUGGACUCGGUAUGUCCAGUGGCUCUUGCAGUCCGAGUGCCUGGAGACCCUGCGGCGCCUGGUGCAGCAGGGGAGGGCGGUGCUGGAGCGGCAGGUGCCUCCCGAGGUCUCGGUUUCCUGCAGAGACACCCCCGACAGCUCCAUCAUCCUCUCCUGCCGCGCCAGGGGCUUUUACCCACGUCCCAUCCACGUCUCCUGGGUGCGGGACGGAGAAGACAUCCUGGCGGAGAUGGACUCCAGCGGGAUCCUACCCAAUGCUGACGGCACCUACUACACGCAGUCGUCCCUGGAGAUCUCCCCGCAGCAGGACGGGCACCGCUACGCCUGCCGGGUGGAGCACAGCAGCCUGGGGGAGCCCACGCUCGUCUGGGCCCCUGGGAAGAAGGGCCCCCUGCCCCCCGGGGUCCUGGCCGCCAUCGUCCUGGCCGUGCUGGUUCUGGCUGGAGCCGUAGGGGCCGGCGUCGUCCUGUGGAGGAGAAAAUCAGCAGGUGAGAGACGGUCCCCGCGGAGCCGGGAUGUGGGGAGCUCUGGGGCGUGGGGCAGCCCAGCCAGCCCACGGGGGAAUGGCUCCUAG